UUCCCUUCUUCAAUUUCNUUUUCUCAUUUCUUCUUCAUUUUGCGUGCCCUAGAGCUCAAAUUAUCCCUCUUCAUUCGAUCAUUUCACCUCGAAAUCGAAACUUCUUCUGAAUUGGAGUAUCUCUCUCAUUUAGGGUUUUGUUGCCAAAUUCAAUUGAUAAAAAAUGGGAACACGACCGCAGCAAUCGUGUGUAGACGAAGAAGAUGAGGAACUGCUCGGUUGUGGAACUACGAUGUCGGGCCAAUCAGGCUCCACGAGCAGGAGUGCCGGAUUUCCAUCUAGUCGGAGCGAGCAGACAACGGGGACAGCCGCCGGUGAUAACGCUGCUCUCAAAUUAAACCAUCUUGAUAUACACGAUGAUGAUGCUGGAUCACAGGGAGUAGUUGCGAGCAAGAAGAAAAAGAGAGGGCAACAACGGGCUGUUGGAGGUGAUAAAAGUGGAAGGGGGCUCCGCCAAUUUAGCAUGAAAGUGUGUGAGAAGGUAGAAAGUAAGGGAAGAACGACUUACAAUGAGGUGGCAGAUGAACUUGUGGCUGAAUUUGCUGAUCCAAUCAAUAGUGUUUUGUCCCCUGAUAAGCAACAAUAUGACGAAAAAAACAUUCGUCGAAGGGUCUAUGAUGCUCUGAAUGUUCUCAUGGCAAUGGAUAUUAUUUCUAAGGAUAAAAAGGAAAUACAAUGGAAAGGUCUUCCUCGUACUAGUCUGAAUGAUAUCGAAGAGCUAAAGACAGAGCGUCUUGGGCUGAGAAAUAGAAUAGAAAGGAAAGCAUCCUAUCUGCAGGAGCUUGAGGAACAAUUUGUAGGUCUUCAGAACCUUAUUCAACGAAAUGAACAAUUAUAUAGCUCAGGAAAUCCUCCCAGUGGAGGUGUAUCUUUACCAUUUAUUCUGGUACAGACACGUCCUCAUGCAACUGUUGAAGUGGAAAUAUCAGAAGACAUGCAGCUUGUUCAUUUUGACUUUAAUAGUACUCCUUUUGAGCUGCAUGACGACAAUUAUGUGCUCAAGGCAAUGGAGUUUGGUGAUAGACCACAAAGUGAUACUGUCACACUCAAUGUUACAGAUGGAGGGGAAUGUUCUAGCAUGUCAGUCUUGCAUCAGUCUCAGGUUCCUCCUUCAGUUUCAAGCUUGCCAAUUAGGAUUCCCACAUCACCUCCACUCCCUGGAAUAUUGAAGGCAAGAGUCAAGCAAGAGCAUUGAUAUGCAAGUUUAUGAUAUCAUCUUACCAUAUUUAAGUGUCUGUAUAUCUUGUAAAGAAAUUUACCAAAUUAAUAUACCUUCUACUAGUUAGUCAUCAGUGCAGACAAGUCAUUUGGUAGGUCGGAAGCAGGUAGGCCCAUCUGCUUCUUUUAUCGUGUAGGCUGGACUGGGAAAUUCUUUUACUACCUUAACUGAAUCUUUACUCCACAUAUUUUUUCUGUAACUUUUCCCGCAGUGUAGUUAGAGAGAUCUGGUAUGGAGUCCAAAAACAUAGGAUAAAUUUCAGAAUUCACUGAUUUACAGUGUAAAUUGUAAAGUUUUCCUACUCUUGUGGAUAUAAGUUGGUAUUUUGACCAUCGCACCUUGUUUGACUUGAAUCAUUUGCUAGAGUCCAUGUGAGGCUCCCAUUAUUCUAUUUCAACUGUGAUGGAAAUUUUGUU